ACAGGGGCUCCGCAGAAGUACUUCGACGUUCCGAGUGCCAUUUUCCGCCAUGGAGGGCUUCGCAAAGCUUCAGGCUACGGUGCAGGCGACGAUAGAGACCCAUUGUCCGGAGGUCGCACGUUGGGACAAAGACAUGUCUGGGGAGGGGCAAGACGAGGGCUCACGAGGCGUGUUGCCCACGUUGCGUGGCGCAGAGGAGGCGCUUCAGUCAGCGCAUGUCCGCUAUUCCCGGGUCUCGCACCUGGUCGACGUGCAAAAUCGGUACCGGCAAGACUGUGGGAAACUGAGCGAGCGGGUCAAAGCCUUGUACGAGCAAGCCGCGGAGGAAGAUGCGAACGGGACGGACUUAAAGCGGCAAGAAAUGCACGCACGGUCGAUGGCCGUGUUUGAGAAGGUCAAAGCCUUGACAGACCGCGUGCGCCGCGCCCAAGAGGCGUACCGGCGCCUGGGCAUCGACGUGAGGGGUGGGGGAGGAGGGGAGGAUGAAGGAUUGGGAAAGGGAGUCGAGGGAGAGAGUUUAAGCCACCUCCGGCAGGAGGUACGGGACCUGGGGGAGCGCCUCCGGCAAAUCCGGUACGUCGCCGGGGAGGAAGGCCUAUGGGCGGCCAUGGGAACAAUCCCGGGGGCGUGA